AUGAGCGCGACUAAGGCAAACGUUCUCCUCGUUGGAGGUGGCGGCAUCGGAACCAUGACCGCUGUCAAUCUGGUUGCUGGUGGCAAGGCCAAUGUUACCAUGGUCCUGCGCAGUAAUUACAGCGUGGUGGAGAAGAACGGCUUCGAUAUUAAGUCAGUCGACCAUGGAGAGAUCAAGAACUGGAGACCUCACAGGGUCCUCCCGGCCGUGCCCAAUGUGUCGGUCGAGAACCUGGAGCCCUAUGACUAUGUUGUUUGCGUGACCAAGAACACGCCCGACAUUUCUCCCACCGUAAUCGACAUUAUCGGCCCAGCUAUUACCCCAGCCAAAACUGUGGUUGUCCUCGUCCAGAACGGCCUUAACAUUGAGAAGGCCAUCAUUGCCACAUUCCCGCAGAACAUUGUUUUAUCGGGUGUCUCGAUGAUGGGUUCGCACGAGCUGCGACAUGGCGUCAUUGAGCACGACGACAAGGACAUCUUGGUUCUGGGACCAUUCCGCAACCCGAACGUCGAGUCGGCCGCGGAGCAGGCUGCUGGCAAAGACUUCGCUGACCGGUACACAGCAGGCGGCAAGACUACCUGUAACUACGUUGAGGACGCCGGCUUCUCGCGCUGGCGGAAACUAGUUUACAACGCUUGCCUCAAUCCCAUCUGUGCCAUCCUUCAGCUGGACUCCGGGCGUCUUCGAUUGGCCGAAGUGGCGUACCCCCUCCUCCGGCCAGCCAUGAACGAGAUUAUCGCUGCUGCUGAAGCCUGCGGCCAUGAGUUACCUGCGACCGUGAUCAAGGACAUGAUUGAGUUGGACCCGAUGGACAUGUACUUCUCCCCUAGCAUGUGUGUCGACGUCUCAAAGGGUAACUUUAUCGAGUACGAAGUCAUCCUAGGAGAACCCCUUCGGGAGGGCGGGAAGCGUGGUGUCCCAAUGCCGACGAUUGCCAUGCUCUAUAAUAUGUGCAAGGCCCUCCAGUGGCGCACCAAGGAGGGCAGGGGCAUGGUCACUGUACCACCCAAGGGAAAUUAUGCUUAA